UACAAUUGGCUGUUAUUCCGAAGAUUUUCCUCUUCAGUAAAAAUGUUGCUUAAAUUACAGAUCUAAUAGAAGAUUGCAUGAAAAGUAGGGCCAAAUAAGAAUUCAAAGGCUCAAUCCUGUCUGCUCUUAAACAAGUUCUUCUGAAUUCUUUGGGGCUUACUGCCAGGAUGUUGCUUUUUGUAAUGAUAGAUGUUCCGAUCACCAGCACAUCAUAGUUGGAGAAGGUGAGAGAGGCUAUGGAUGAAACAGUAUUUCGAAGUGAUACGGUGCUUUCUGAUAUUCACCUCCACACUGCAAACAAAAGGCAUUUCAUGGUGAGACUGAAUGCUGUUGGCCAGCCAGUCUUCCUCUCGCAGUUCAAACUCCUUUUGGAUAAUAACCAGUGGGACCCUGAGACGGAAGAGAGAGACCGAAAAGCCUCCCUUGGCUGCCAGAGCAGAGGUGAGGAAGAAUUAAUUGCAGAGGAGGGAGCUGGUGCUCAGGACUCCCCGGACAGCACUGAAGAGGAAGGUGACUUCUGUAGAGGAACUGAGGCCUUGUUGGAUGAAGAUGGGGACCUGCAGGUGGUCCGGAAAAUUCCACUACCUCAUACAGGAGAUGCAGAUCAUACAAGGUCUAAGGCCUGUCCCAUCAUUUUGACUAAGGGUGGAGAUGUCUUGGAAGAGCAAGAGCACGAGAGCAACGGUUGCAAUAUUGUUAAAAUAGAGCACACCAUGGCGACACCUUUAGAAGAUGUUGGGAAGCAGGUCUGGCGAGGAGCUGUCCUGCUUGCUGAUUACAUCCUCUCCAGACAAGAUUUGUUCAAGGGUUGCACUGUGCUGGAGCUUGGGGGAGGAACCGGGGUUGUCAGCAUUAUCAUGGCAAAAGCUGCCAAGACCGUUUAUUGCACAGAUGUUGGUGAAGACCUACUGAGCAUGUGUGAACGAAAUGUAGCCUUAAACAAGCACUUCAUUGGGCCAAUAGGAACUGAAAUUAGAGUCAAAAAGCUGGAUUGGCAACAAGAUGAUUUCUGUACCGAUCCUGAGGAUUGCUUCAGCUGGUCCGAAAAAGAGAUCGCUGAGCUGCAUGACCUCACCACUGUGAUACUAGCUGCUGAUGUAUUUUAUGAUGAUGACCUAACAGAUGCUUUUUUCAAAACACUGUACCGAAUCACUAGCAACCUGAGGAACUCUUGCACCAUCUACUUCUCUAUGGAAAAGAGGUUCAAUUUCACUUUAAGACACAUGGAUGUUGUGUGCGAAGCCUAUAAUCACUUCCGGAGUACUCUGGAUGAGCUGCUGAAAACCAGAGAUGGCAAGAUGAGAUACAGUAUUGAGCCUAUAGACCUUUCCUUUCCGCAGCAUAUUGUUUACGAGCGCGUUCCACAAUUGGAGUUAUGGAAGCUUAGUGCGGAGAAGAUACCAGACGAACACUGUCCACGGCCUCCAAGAGAUUGAAACAGGAUGAAAAGACUUCCACCCUCAAUUUCAGCCGAGGUUACUAUCUAAAGGAAUCUCUGGAACAAGGAAGCAGAUAGAAUUCAGAUCUAUAUCAAAAACAGAUUAAAGAGAUACGUGGCCAUUGCUGUAAUAUAUUGCUUGUGAUUAACAAACAGCAUCAGCCAUUAUGGGAUUGCUCUGGAAUGGUGUAUGUUGUGGGGAUGCGAAAGAUCGGCAGGUCAGAGAAUGUAUUCUCGGGGCAUUGCUGUUCAGGCUUCCAGAUGUGACUCAAGCCCACCACAGCAGACACAUCAAGGGCCGUCUUUGGCAUGUUUCUGAUCAAGUGGAUUUGGUCUGCAAAAGCUUUGGGGCUGAAUAAAACUGUCUGUCGUUCACAUA